UCCGGUCCGGGCGGAAGCACUUCCUGUUCGGCUCAGCCCCGUUGGCGCUGGGCGAGGGAGUCCGAGCAGUCGGCGACAGAAAGCGGCGGUGCCCCAGGUUUUCCCCUCUGACCUGCAGGACCCGAUUUGUGGGAUGGAGCCGCUGGGCUCAGCCAGGUUGAAUUCCAGGAAGAGAAGGAAAGAUGGGGUCGGGCCCAACGGGGCCACGGAGACGGACGGCAUCCCUACCAAGAUGCCCCGGAACUGUUUGGACAGUGAUGGGGAACCUCUGACACACCACAACAGCUGGGGUCUUCGGGAGCCGGCUCCAUUUUCCGACGAGUUAAAAGUGGAUUACAACAAGCCAUACAUCCGGGUCACGUAUGAGGAGGCCUUAGGAGGGACCCCGCUAGACCGGCCGGUCAGGGUUUACGCCGAUGGAAUAUUCGAUCUUUUCCACUCUGGACACGCCCGAGCCCUGAUGCAAGCAAAGAGCCUCUUCCCAAACACGUACCUCAUUGUUGGAGUCUGCAGCGAUGAACUGACCCACAACUUGAAGGGGUUCACAGUCAUGAACGAGAACGAGCGCUACGACGCCGUGCAGCACUGUCGCUACGUGGACGAGGUGGUGCGGAACGCCCCGUGGACGCUCACGCCGGAGUUCUUGGCUGAGCACAGGAUUGACUUUGUUGCCCAUGACGACAUCCCAUAUUCCUCUGCCGGGAGCGACGACGUCUAUAAGCACAUAAAGGAGGCCGGAAUGUUUGCACCAACUCAGAGGACCGAAGGGAUCUCCACCUCAGAUAUUAUCACCCGCAUCGUCCGGGACUAUGACGUCUAUGCGCGGCGGAACCUGCAAAGGGGCUACACAGCCAAAGAGCUCAACGUCAGCUUCAUCAAUGAGAAGAAAUACCAUUUGCAAGAGCGCGUCGAUAAGGUGAAGAAGAGAGUGAAGGACGUGGAAGAGAAGUCCAAAGAGUUUGUCCAGAAAGUCGAGGAGAAAAGCAUUGACCUCAUCCAGAAAUGGGAAGAGAAAUCCCGCGAAUUCAUCGGCAACUUCUUGGAGAUGUUUGGCCCCGAAGGAGCCCUGAAACACAUGCUGAAGGAGGGCAAGGGCCGGAUGCUGCAGGCCAUCAGCCCCAAGCAGAGCCCAAGCAGCAGCCCCACCCACGACCGCUCCCCCUCGCCUUCCUUCCGGUGGCCCUUCACAGCCCGGACGCCGCCCUCCUCCCCGGCCAGCCUCUCCCGGAACAAGUCCGCGGUCACCUACGACAUCAGCGAGGAUGAGGAGGACUAAGCGGGGAGGGGAGCCUCGUGGAUUCGGGAACGGCCAGAUCCCACCUCGAGAGGAGAAGACCACCACCGCCGGGGGAGCGCCGGGAAGUGAGCGCCGAGCAGCUGGCUCUGUUGCCGGGCCCUCUGGGGGGACACCCUUUUGUCUCAGAAUAAGGUGGGGAUUGGGACACAGCGCCAUCUUUUCCAGCGACAUCUCCUCUCCCCCUUUAUCGUUUUUCUUCCUGUCGGUUUUGAGGGGAAGCGUGGCUCUUCUUUAAAAAAAAAACAAAGCAAGGUGUUCAUUUCUUUUUUGAAGCCUUCUCCAAUGGCUUUAAGUGAACGGCUCCGGUUGUUUAGGAAUGGUUGGCCAGGCAGGGCAAAGGGGCCAAUCCCCGGACACACGUCUUUGCCUGCCCGUCUGCUUCACCCAUCGAUUGCCUAGGGGCCGGGGCCGGUUUCCCUGCAGGUCAUCCCCAGAACCUUUCAGUUCGCCCGCCUGCAUGUGCUGGAGGAAGUAAAGAAAGAGCCAACAUAGGCAGGCAGUAGAACCCCCGGGGCAAGAGGCAGCAUCAGCUGGUGAAGUUACGAAACAUGGUUUGGCUGCCCUAGAUGCCAGAGCAGGGCUUGGGACCUUGCAAGUUCUUGAGGGCCCCCCGGAUCACCACGUUGCCAGUCCUCAAGCGAGAAAGGCAUGGCGGGGUCUGGAAAUCAACAGAGUGCCCAUAGAUUUCCCACCACAACCCAACGAUGCCAUUGCAUUUUAUCAUCCUGCCUUCCGUGUUUUUAAUAAAAGAGUGGAUUUAAAAGAGAGCAAUUCCCAUGUUCCCAAAUUCAUGCCAAGGGGCGGAGCCGGCUCGAUCCUCCUGUGGAUGUUUAGCAGGGGGCUGUGGGCAGAGCAGUUGCGGCACAUCCAGGUAAAUCACCUUUCUGCUGUACUGCGGGAGACUGCGAAGGCGGUGCUCUGCCUCUUUAGGCGUAUUUCCCCCCCAAGACUUGAAAAGCGAGGGCCACAUCAAUCGUGCUCGUUGGACAGAGUUGGGAAUACUUGACCCAAUUCUCUACGGGGGUCUCUCGGGGCGUCUCGCCUCCAUUUGGAAUUUGCUGUUCAGCAGACAAACCAAAGAGCGCCGAAAGCGAUGCGGCCUUUCUCCCGUGUUUUCUUUUUCUGUUUCUGGCAAAAGUUCACAGUCCUCUCCUCCGUGUCUGCCGUUGGCUCUUCGUGGCUGGGAUGUGCUCACGCUUUUCUGAAAUGUCUGUUCACCCCUCUCCACCGGUGUGCGUGCUCGGGCAUGCGCCCUUCUUUCCAGACCCCUUUUCCCCCCUCACGAGAUAGCAUGGAUCUCUGUCUGCACGGCUCUUCCUGCAGGCCUGCUCUCGCCCUCCGUGCACCAGGGUUUUUCAAUGCUCAGGGAUCUGUCGCCUCCUCUUUGCGAUGGGAGGGUGACGGCCCCACGGUUAAAAUUCUCAAUGACGCUGUGCCGUGUCUCCCCCCCUUCCCCCGCCCUUCUGACGUCCGGCGAGACAGAUCCAAGAGAGGGUCUGGCAUGGUCCUUGUCAUGCCUUCGGUGCGAGUUCUGUCGCCUGUCCUCUGGGCCCCUUGCAGGGUCUGAACUGACACCACACAGAAAGCUGCAUCAUGAUGUUGUUGGGUUGUUGACUUUUCUUAUUAACAUCUUCGGUUGUUGACUUUUGUUAUUAACUCUGUAAUAAACGUUCAGAUUUUACUGUC